AUGAGCGGUAAGACGAGUAACGAAAAACCACAUUCAGCCAACGAGACGGCCGAGUUCCAAAAUGAUGCGCUCGCGCAGCAGUAUGGUGGUGGACAUGUCGGCGGCUGGGUUGGUCGUUUACCUUCAUCGUGGGUUCCUUACGUCCAGCUGGCACGAUUGAGUCCUCCCGCCGCCCUGUUCCUCAUAUACUUCCCACACUUUUUCGGCAUUAUACUUGCCGCCAUUAUCCAGCGAUCGCCUAUCUCCCAGGUGCUCCGAGCGAGCUCAAUCAUGCUUGGCGGUAGCUUCUUUUUCUCGAACGCGGCCCAUGGCUGGAACGACCUCAUCGAUGCGCCCGUCGACAAGUCGAUACCUCGUACGAGCAAGCGUCCUAUCCCUCGAGGUGCUAUCACACCUCGUUCCGCUUUCGUUUUUACUGCGACACAAGCCAUCGGCGCUGCCUCGUUUCUACUCCUUAUGCCUCCCGGAAGCGCGAUCUACGCCAUCCCGAAUAUUGUCGGUACGUUCUACUACCCCUGGGCCAAACGGCACACCAACUUUGCGCAAUUGGUACUCGGCUUUUGUUUGGCCUGGGGUAUCAUGAUGGGAUCAUGCGCAAUGGGUCUCGAGCCAUUUAUGGGAGGACCUUUUGGGAGCGGAAACGGAUGGAAGCAGUUCUUCUGGAUAGAACCGUCAACCACGUGCCUCUUCCUCGCAAGCAUCCUGUGGACAAUUAUUUAUGAUUCGAUCUAUGCGCAUCAAGAUGUCAAGGAUGACAUCAAGAUGGGUUUGAAGAGCAUUGCUGUUCUGCUUAAGGAUCGGACGAAACCGUUGCUAUGGCUGCUCCUUAGCUGCAUGAUCACACUGUUAUAUACGUGCGGAAGUCUCCUAAGCAUGGGAGUCGCAUUCCACGUAAUCGCUGGUGGCGGCUCCUUGCUUUCUUUAGGUGCUAUGAUCGCUAACGUUGAGUUGAAGGACUCAGCAAGCUGUUGGUGGUGGUUCAGAUAUGGGUUCUGGCUGGCAGGCGGAGCUAUCGCGGGAGGACUUCUCUCGGAAUAUGUUGCGAUUAGACCAGAAUUAUGA